UCUCACACACACACGGAUGUAGCGGGCGGGCGGGUGCGAGCGCGCGCAAGUCGGCAGCUGCACGCGGCGCUCCAGAGCGAGAAGGACCACGAGACGAGCGCCACAAGCAUGAAGACUCGACUUCUUCUCGCGCUCGGCUUGGCCGCCGCCGCCGCCGUCGCCGUCGCCACUUUCCCCGCCAGCGUCAACAUAGGAGGACUUUUCCCGGCCGGGUCGCACGAGGGAGAAGUGUUCCGCUUCGCCGUGAUGCAACGCGGCGCCGACGUUCCCAAGCUGCUUCCUCAGAUGGACGCCGUCGACACCGGCAGCAGCUUCGCCAUGACCUACGCUUUCUGCUCGCAGUUCGCCAAGGGCGUGCACGCCGUGAUGGGCGUGUACGACCAGAGGACGCUCAACAUGGUGUCUUCCUUCUGCGGCUCGCUUCACGUCAGCUUCGUGACGCCGUCCUUCCCCGCGCCGGCCGACAGCCCCUUCGUGCUGCAGUUGCGGCCCGGCCUUCAGGGGGCGCUCAUGUCGCUGCUGGACCACUUUGGCUGGCGGCGCUUCGUCUACAUGUACAGCGCCGCGCACGCAGGCGCGUCGGUCCUGAAGAAGGUUCUGGAGCGGGCGGCCGAGCGAGACUGGCAGGUGACGGCGGUCAACUUGGACUCGCUGAACGAGUCGGGCUUCAUCCAGCUGCUGGCCGACCUGGACUUCAAGAAGGAGUUCCAGGUGGUUGUGGACUGCGAGUCGGAGCGCCUCAACGCCAUCCUGGGCCUGAUUUCGGCGCAGAGACGAAACCUGAAGAACUACCACUACAUCCUCCUCAACAUGGGCUUGGUGGAGCUGAACCUGACGGAGUUCCACGCGCUGUCCCCCAACGUGACGGGUUUCCAGCUGGUCAACUGGUCCGACCCGUCGGCGCUGAAGGUCCAGCGGGACUGGCGCGACUUUGAUCCCAAAGACGGCAAAACGGAGCGACGCGCUCUGCGGUACGCAGGCGCGCUGACCUAUGACGGCGUCAGCGUGGUGGCGGCGGCCUUUCGCAACCUCCGACGCCAGCGCAUCGACGUCUCUCGCCGCGGCAACGCCGGGGAGUGUCUGGGGAACCCCCCGGCGCCCUGGGGGCAGGGCAUCGACAUACAGAGGGCGCUGCAACAGGUGCGGCUGGAGGGCCUGACGGGCCGCGUCCAGUUUGACGAGCGGGGACGGCGGACCAACGUGACGCUCGCGGUGAUGGAACUGAGCCGCGCCGGACCCAGGAAGGUGGGCGUGUGGAGCGAGCAGAGGGGCUACGUCAAGACGGCCCGCUACAAGCCCACCCCGGAGGAGUUCUACGGGCUGCAGAACCGCACCUACGUGGUCACCACCAUCCUGGAAGCGCCCUACAUGAUGCUGAAGAAGAACCACCAGCAGCUGGCGGGAAACGACAAGUACGAAGGCUACUGCGCCGAGCUGGCCGCCGAGAUCGCCAAGCACGUGGGCUUCGCCUACCGGCUGGAGCUGGUGGGCGACGGCAAGUACGGAGCCCGGGACCCCGUCAGCAAAUUGUGGAACGGCAUGGUGGGAGAGCUGGUCUACGGGAAGGCGGACGUGGCGGUGGCGCCGCUGACCAUCACGCUGGUGCGCGAGCAGGUGAUCGACUUCACCAAACCCUUCAUGUCGCUGGGCAUCUCCAUCAUGAUCAAGAAGCCCACCAAGUCCAAGCCCGGCGUCUUCUCCUUCCUGGACCCGCUGGCCUACGAGAUCUGGAUGUGCAUCGUCUUCGCCUACAUCGGCGUCAGCGUGGUGCUCUUCCUGGUGAGCCGCUUCAGUCCGUACGAGUGGAAGAAGAACGAGGAGGACGAGGAGGAUGAAGCUGCGCCCGCCUCUUCCAAACAUGCCGCGGGACGUCCGCCUCCGGCGCCGGCGCACGAGCGGCAGCCUCCCAAAGACAAGGACAAAGAGGGUGCGGAGCGCAGCGACGACUUUGGCAUCUUCAACUCGCUCUGGUUCUCCUUGGGAGCCUUCAUGCAGCAGGGCUGCGACAUCUCGCCCAGGUCGCUGUCGGGCCGCAUCGUGGGCGGCGUGUGGUGGUUCUUCACGCUGAUCAUCAUCUCGUCGUACACGGCCAACCUGGCCGCCUUCCUGACGGUGGAGCGCAUGGUGUCGCCCAUCGAGAGCGCCGAAGACCUCGCCAAGCAGAGCGAGAUCGCCUACGGCACUCUGGACGGCGGAUCCACCAAGGAGUUCUUCAGGAGGUCCAAGAUCGGCGUGUUUGAGAAGAUGUGGUCGUACAUGCGCGGCGCCGACCCGUCCGUCUUCGUCAAGAACACGGACGAGGGCGUGAGCCGCGUGCGCAAGUCCAAGGGCAAGUACGCCUACUUGCUGGAGUCGUCCAUGAACGAGUACAUCGAGCAGCGCGCCCCCUGCGACACCAUCAAAGUGGGCGGCAACCUGGACUCCAAAGGCUACGGCGUGGCCACGCCCAAAGGAUCGCCCCUCAGAAUUCCGGUGAACCUGGCCGUGCUCAAGCUCAAUGAGCAGGCCGUGUUAGACAAGUUGAAGAACAAGUGGUGGUACGACAAAGGUCAAUGCGGACACAAGGACGCCGGCAGGAAGGACAAGACGAGCGCGUUGAGCCUGAGCAACGUGGCGGGAAUCUUCUACAUUCUGAUUGGCGGCCUGGGUGUGGCCAUGUUGGUGGCGCUGCUGGACUUCUGCUACAAGUCGCGUCUGGAGUCGCGCAGGAUGAAGGAGCUGAUUGACGCCGCAAUGCUGAGCAGCAGCUUGGGCGGGGCCCUGGGCCUGGUGGGGGGCGGGGCCCUGGGCCUGGCAAGCGAGAACGGCGGCAUGGUAGCGCAGGAGUUGGCACGAGCCAGCGCGCCCGGCUUGGUGCGCGUCAGCAAAGCCGGCGGACUGGGGUCUCCUUCCGCCCUCAUGUGAUCGCGCCCCCAUCAGAAUCAUCGUCCGCCGGUGUGAAUCGAGUGCACCUGAAUGCAUCAGAUGGCUGAAGCCCAGCGACACAAGACUACGAUUUCUACCACUAUUUUCUUCUUCUUUUUAAGCCUGCCACCUUGUUUGGGAGCCAAUUCGCAAAUUGACUUCUCACAUGUACGAUCACGUCUUUCACUUGCUCGUUGAACACAAAGAAAAACUACAAAUACAAAA